CUGUCGUUAAAAAGUACCUAUGUACGGGCGGUCAUCGUUGAAGAUAUCCGUAUAAAUUAUUAAAUGAAGGUGCUAUAAGUGUUGAUUUUAUGCAAAAUCUGUAGGUUAUAAAUUGUUAAAUAAUGAUCUUGCUGGAGAUCAAUAAUAGAAUUAUAGAAGAAACACUAUCAGUCAAAUAUAAAAAUGCACUGGCGCGCUUAAAGCCUGAGUCUAUAGAUGUAACACUUGCAGACUUUGAUGGAGUGCUGUUUCAUAUAUCCAAUGUCAAUGGGGAUAAAACCAAAGUUAGGGUUAGUAUAUCACUGAAGUUCUAUAAGCAGUUAGAAGAGCAUGGAGCAGAUGAACUGCUUAAAAGGGUCUAUGGGCCUCUUCUCAGUGAACCUGAAUCAGGAUACAAUGUAUCAAUCCUGCUUGAUAUGGAGAACAUUCCUGACGAUUGGGAGGAAAUUGUGAAAAAAGUGGGCUUGUUAAAGAGAAAUUGCUUUGCGUCGGUUUUUGAACGGUACUUCCGGCUGCAGGAGGACGGAGACGUGAGCCACAAACGUGCCGUCAUUAACUAUCGACAAGAUGAAACCCUAUACGUAGAGGCUCAAGAAGAUCGCGUUACCGUGGUUUUCUCUACAGUGUUUCGUCACGAGGAUGACAUAGUUAUCGGCAAGGUGUUUAUGCAAGAGCUUAAAGAGGGUCGGAGAGCGUCUCAUACAGCACCACAGGUUCUAUUUUCACACAAAGAACCGCCCUUAGAACUGUUGGACACAGAUGCGAAAGUAGGCGAAAAUAUAAGUUAUGUUACAUUCGUGUUGUUCCCACGACACACGUGUGAGGCGGCGCGCGACAACACCAUCGACCUCCUACACAUGUUCCGCGACUACCUCCAUUACCACAUCAAGUGUUCUAAGGUGUACGUGCACUCGCGCAUGCGCGCCAAGGCGGGCGAGCUGCUCAAGGUGCUGAACCGCGCGCGGCCCGCCUCCAGCGCGCGCCCCGCCGAGCGGAAGACCAUCUCGGGAAGAACGUUCGUGAGACGAGAUUGAGUGUUGCGCGUCGGCGGGACGUAGGCGCCAGCCAGCUGUUCCCUGCACGUAACGCGCCCACUCGGAACUCCCCGCCCACCGCAGUGUUCAUCGCGACGCAUUCAUGAGAUACAAUGAUCAAAACGUUAGUUCGAUAUCUGAAAUAGUGUUAACCCUCUCAUAGUCAUCAGUAAUAGAGUGGCGCUACAGAUAAUUUAUCCGCGUGGACGCGUUAUCCGUAACAAAAAUCCGACAAUGUGCGUAUUUCCUAUAUUCACAGCGUAAGUAAGGGUGUUAUACAUAUACAUACCAGAUUCAUAUUAAUUUUUCGUAUCCCAUACAACACGUCACAAAGUACUUAUAAUUGACGUUCACUUUUCGUUGCCGUUUUCUAAGAGAUAAUGAAUUGCCAAUUGUUAUGCUCAAUGUUCAUAUAUAUGUAUGUAUAUUAUUUUGCGUUCGUUGAAUGAAAUGUGCACAUUGUGAAAAAUUAUAUUUAUUAUUGUCGAUUCUCCAAACCUAACAUAGCGAAGUCAAUAAAUAAUGUUGCUGUAGUUCUUGUUGAUAACAAAAUUAUGCUUUAUUAUAAAAUAUAGUUCUAUUUAUAGUGGAAGCACUGUGACAAUCGUGACUUGGGUUCCUAAUUCCUAACGUACUUGUACCCUGACAAAUAUAAACAUUUAUUUAGACCGUCGCCAACGCGGUCUGUCCGUCGGAGCGAUUUAACAUAACGUAAUUUUAUUUACCAUAAGUUACGCAAUUAACGAUUAUCGUGUAGGGCAAUAUGUAUUAUAAAAUCUAGCCUAUUGUAAUUGUUUCGAUUUACUAACUUGUAAAAAUGUAAAUCACCCAGAUGAGACAGGUAUCAUGCACAAACUUAAGAAUUAUUCAUUGUUUAAUUUUAAAACACACGUCUUUUAUUUAAUUUCAUAGCUAUGCAAUACGAACAAUAACUUAACAUAAAUAAAAUAUAAAAUGUAUUAUGUUUUUAGGUAGGUCCCAUUCAAUUAUUAAUAUAUAAGUGAAAGUGUAUAAAUAUUUCUCAAUACAUUCUUCCAUAGACGAGGUUGACUCGAAGAUAAACUUUAAUGGCCUUAUUUAAAAAGAAAAUGGAGUUAAUUCGGUUGAGGAGCCGCAGCGGUUUCAAUUGAAUAGUGUCGCUAGUGUAGAUCACGAUACAACGCGUAUCGAUUGUUAAUGUGCAAUUCGAUCAUUAAGUAUAUUCCAAUUUGCAUUUAUUUUUAAUUGAUUAAACUUUGAUUUGUAAAUUUGUUUCCUACAUGACAUAGUAGGAACUUAAAUGAAACAAAGUGAUGAUCGCUUAAAUGAAACGUUACAGCUAUAAUCGCAAUACAAAACCCUCGCCGAAGGUAUCAGGUAGAUAUGUCAAAAGUGUCCGUUAGAUAAAUAAAAGAGUUCCGUGCAUUUUAACAUGGAAAUUAAUUUAUUCAAAGAUAUUAGCGAUAUAAGUAAAUAACGGAAUGCGAUGUGUUGUAUCGAGUCUUGGACUGAGAAAUGUUUAGCUACAGGGCUUCGUCGGAACGUCGAAGGUAAAUAAUACUUAUUCACUAAGUCAUAUAGCUUAAAAUAUUACGUGACAAAAUGAUUUACAUGACAGGUUUGGAAUCAAGUGUUUAUUAAAGAACGAAUAUGGAGCGUGUAGAAACAAUUUAUCUAUUUGAAACUGUAGCUAACUUAAAUUUUAUGUAUUUUUUUUUAUUUGCAAGAUUGUAUUAUUUAUGUAUUAUAAAAUGUAAGUUAAAUGUUGCUUUAAAGUUAUUGCUUGAAAUUUGACCAUUGUUUUUACUGUAAGUUAUCACGAGAUUAUUUAAACUGCAGACUACUGGAGCUAUUUGUGAAUAUGUAAUUAUUAUUGUGAUCUAAAAUCCGAUUAUACUGUAUUUUUUAUUUUCUAGAUUAAAGAAAACAUCUUACUGCAAGAAAUGUU